UAAAUUAAGCUAGAGCCGGUAAAAGGCAGCGUGACCCGAUAACGUUGUUCCGCUGCCCCUUGAACAGGGGACGGCGAGGCUGCGCGAUAUAAAGAUGGAAGAGCACCAUACGAUGAAGCACUGAAAAUGGCGCCAUUGGCAUCGUCUGUCGUUACUGCUCAUUGUCGACGAGGGCCGGAGGAGUCGCCCGAACUUGAGACACUGGCCGAUUCCACACACAUAUCUCAACCCACAGUUCCCCAGAUUCUUUUCCCGCGAUCUGACCCCAGACGAGAACCGAGUUUGCGGAUAUCCCCCACGGGGUAAGAUCUGUCACUUCCGCAAAGAAACUCAAACGACACACGAGAGCCCUACCACGCCUUAGGUAUCCCUGUCAAGUUUUUACGAGUUCUGAGAAGGGCACUCGCUCCCAUGCAUCACCUCGCCCCCCUUACCGCCCUGCUGGGCUUGUGGGCAGGCAUCAGCAGCAGCAGCAGCAGCAGCAGCUCGCAUACAUCGCCAUCGCCAUCGCCCUUCGACAACAACAACAACAAAGCCGGCUCCCUGUCAGACUGCCUGGCCAAGGCCGGCGUGCCCGUGGACGCUUCCGGGUCGGCCGACUACCAGCUCGACAUCUCCUCGUUCAACCUGCGGCUCAACUACACGCCCGUGGCCGUUGCCGCCGUCACGACGGCGCAACACGUGCGAGACGCCGUGGCCUGCGCCAGACAAGUCGGCGUCAAGGCCAACGCCAAGUGCGGCGGCCACAGCUACGCCUCGUUCGGUCUGGGCGGCGAGGACGGACACCUGGUUAUCGAAAUGAGCCGGAUGAAUAGGGUGGUCUUGGACAACGCUACCGGCAUUGCCACGGCGGAGGGCGGCACGCGGCUUGGCCAUUUGGCGUGGGAGCUCUGGAACCAGGGGGGCAGGGCUAUCAGCCAUGGCACAUGCCCCGGCGUGGGCGCCGGGGGCCAUGUACUGCACGGCGGCUACGGCGUCAGCUCUCACACGCACGGGCUCGCACUGGACUGGCUGGUCGGCGCGACCGUGGUGCUGGCGAACUCGAGCGUGGUCCACUGCUCGGAGACCGAGAACCCGGACCUCUUCUGGGCGCUGCGCGGCGCGGGCGGGUCGAUGGGCGUCGUGACCGAGUUCCGCUUCAAGACCUUCCAGCCGCCGCCGAAGCUGACAUACUUCGUGGCGUCGGUGCGCUGGCCCACCGAGGCGAGGGCGCUGGCCGGCCUGAAGGCGGUCCAGGAGUUUGCCGGGACCAUGCCCGCCGAGCUCAACAUGCGUCUGUUCAUCGCCAGCCGUUUUGUUAAUCUUGAGGGGCUGUACUAUGGCGGCAAAGCCGGGCUGCAGGCGGCCCUCGCGCCGCUGAUCGAAAAGACGAACGCGACGCUGGCAUUGGCUCAGGAAGGAGGUUGGCUGGACCAGAUUAAGCAUUUUGGUGGUGGCGGGAACAUCGACCAGGGACAUGGCCACGAGGAGCACGAGAAUUUCUACUCAACAAGCCUCUACACCAACGCCCUAAACGACGCCCAGCUCCAGCGCUUCGUUAACUACUGGUUCAGCCAAGGCAAAGCUACCAACAACAACAACAACACCACCAUCAAACGAGACUGGUACGUACAGAUCGACCUACACGGCGGGCCGCACUCGGCCGUCUCUCUCCAGCCCGCCAACUACACCGCAUACGCCCACCGCGAGUACCUGCUCCUGUACCUCUUCUACGACCGCGUCGACAAGGGCGUGCCCUACCCGGCCGACGGCCACGCCUUCACGCAGCGCUUCGUCGGCAACAUCACCAUGGACAUGGACCGCGCCGGCUGGGGCAUGUACGUCAACUAUCCAGACUCUGGGCUGGACCAGCGCGAGGCGCAGGUCAAUUACUGGGGGAGCGGCGGCGGGGCUCACUUGGCAAGGUUGCAGGCGAUUAAGAGGGCGGUUGAUCCGGAGGAUGUGUUCCACUACCCGCAGGGCAUCCUGCCUGCCUAAGGCAGGGGGGAAGGGAAAGGCAUGAGUAUGUAUGUAUUGUACAACGUCUGGUACAUAUACAUGCAUACAUAAGGUACCUAUACACUCCUGUUAGAACUCGAGAACAUGCUUUCAUAAAACGGGAAGACAAAAAGAAAGCGCACUGGGACAAAGUUGUUACCAUGUAGGGGCGACUUUGUCGAGUAGUAUCUGGAUGGAAAUGCACAUACAAGUCAUCAACUAGUAGUUC